AUGCUACACAUGUUUUCCAACUUCUGUUUUGACCUUGAAGCUGGACUCCAGAUGCAGAGCUGGAGGGCAGAAUGGGCUGUGUUUUCCUAUAGGACAGUGGAGGAGGCCGUUGGUGUGUCCCAGUGGCAUCCUGGUAACAAGGAGCCACGGAAACUGAAGAUCCAUUUAGACACCCCCCUGACACAGCAGCAUCUACACGUGGUCAGUUCCUCUGAAGAUGGCAGACUCAUUUGCAGAGAGAAAUCUGUGGCACACAGCAGGGGAGAUGUGGUGAUUGCUGGAUUUUUCCCCCUUUAUUCUUGGGAAUUUGUUCGGAACAUUAAUGAUCCUGGCGAGCAGCAACAAAGCCUACAGAUGAACUUACAGAAAUACCAGUUGCUUCUUUCCCUGGUGUUAGCUAUUGAGGAGAUCAACAAGAAUGCCCAUCUGCUACCCAACAUGACUCUGGGGUUUGAGAUCUAUAAUGAGAAUUUCAAAGAGGCUGAUAUGUUAGAGAAUCCUCUCAUCUGGCUCUCUGGGAUGAAUACAAACAGCCCUAAUUACAACUGCAGAAGAGACAGCAAAGCUUUAGCAGUACUCACAGGAACCUCAAGCAUAUCUGUCCCAAUUGGGACAUUGCUAGAACUCUACAAACUACCACAGUUCAUGUUUGGGAUAUUUGAUCCUCUCCUGAAUGUCCAUGGAAAGUUCAGUACUGUCUAUCAGAUGGCUGCCAAGGACUCAGCUCUAGCUCUGGCCAUGGUAUCCUUGAUGCUUCAUUUCAGCUGGACAUGGGUGGGACUGUUCACCACUGAAGAUGACUAUGGUGUGUGGUUCCUCUCAGAAUUGAGAGAAGAGUUGUACAAAAAUGGAGUCUGUUUGGCCUUUGAGAACAUGAUCACUUACACUGCACUUGCAGAUUUAUCAAAUGAUCUACGGAUGCAUCGCCAGCUGAUGGACUCAUCAACCAAUGUGAUUAUCAUUUAUGGGGACAGUAAAUUUCUACUAAGCUUUACUCUUAAAUUUGGGCACUUUUUAAUUACAGGGAAAGUCUGGGUCAUGAACUCACACUAUGAUGACAUGACAAUUGGUAGAUAUCUUUUGCUCGAUUCUUUUCAUGCUCCUCUCAUCUUCUCUCACCAUCAUAGAAACACUUACAGGUUCACCAAUUAUAUUCUGACAGAUACCUUAUCCAAGAACUCAGGAGAUUACUCCCUUCCCAAGUCAUGGAUUCAGUCUGUUUAUUGCCUACUGAUUAAGUCUGACUGCAGAGACUUGGGGCACUGUUCAUACAAUGCCACACUGGAUUGGUUGCUGAGGCACAUUUUUGACAUGACCAUGUCAGAAGAAAGUUACAACAUCUACAAUGCUGUGUAUGCCUUGGCCCACGCUCUCCACCAGAUGUUUCUUCAUCACAUGGAAGAGCCACCAGUGCACAAUGGGAAACCAAGGGCAUUUAUCUCUUCACAGCUGCAUCACUUUUUGAAGAAGAUCCAAUUUAUCAAUCUUGUUGGAGACCAAGUGGUUUUGAAUGAGGAAAGGAAAUUGGAGGCAGAGUAUGACAUUAUGAGCUUUUGGAAUUUUCCUAAAGGUCUGGGACAAACGGUGAAAGUUGGCAAGUUUUCUGCAUUUAGGCCACAUGGUCAACAACUGAUUUUGUUUGAAAAUCUGAUAGAGUGGCCCAUAGGAAUUACCAAGACUCCUCAGUCUGUGUGCAGUGAGAGCUGUGGUCCUGGAUUCAGGAAAGCCUCUCUGGAGGGAAAUGCUACCUGUUGCUUUGAUUGUACUCCUUGCCCAGAGAAUGAGGUUUCUAAUAUGACAGACAUGGAGCAAUGUGUGAGGUGUACAGAUCAUCAGUUUGCCAGCACCCAGAGAAACCAAUGUCUGACGAAAAGUGAGAGCUUCCUAGCUUAUGAAGACCCCUUGGGCAUGGCUCUAGUAUGCAUGGCUCUCUGCUGCUCUGCAUUCACAGCUGCUGUUCUUUGGGUGUUUAUCAAGCACCAAGACACCCCCAUUGUCAAGGCCAAUAACUGGGUCCUCAGCUACAUCCUGCUCAUCUCCCUCAUCUGCUGCUUCCUCUGCUCCUUGCUUUUCCUUGGCCGUCCACACACAGUCACCUGCAUCCUCCAGCACACCACAUUCGGAGUGGUCUUCACCAUGGCUAUUUCCACUGUCCUGGCCAAGACCAUCACUGUGGUUCUGGCCUUCACACUCACUGCUCCAGGAAGAAGGGCGAGGAAGAUGCUGGUGUCAUGGGUUCCUAACCUCCUCAUCCCCAUCUGCACCCUUAUCCAGGUGAUUCUCUGUGGCUUGUGGCUGGUAAUCACUCCUCCCUUUGUGGACACAGAUGUGCACUCUGAACAUGGCCAUGUCAUCAUCCUGUGCAACAUGGGGUCCCUCACUGCCUUCCACUGUGUCCUGGGAUACCUGGGCACCCUGGCCCUGGCCAGUUUCAUGGUGGCUUUUAUGGUCAGGAACCUGCCUGACACCUUCAAUGAGGCCAAAUUCCUAACCUUCAGCAUGCUGGUGUUCUGCAGUGUGUGGCUCACCUUUCUGCCUGUCUACCACAGCACCAAGGGGAAGGUCAUGGUGGCUGUGCAAGUCUUCUCCAUCUUGGCCUCCAGUGCAGGGCUUCUUGGUUGCAUUUUUGCCCCCAAGUGCUACAUCAUCUUGAUAAAACCUGAGAGAAAUUCUCUGUCCAGAAUCAGGGAGAGAUCACGUUCUGGAAAAAACAAACAUUAA